AUUUGAUCUCGUCCGUUUCUCCUGUAGAAUGUACACAGUAGGCCUCGGUUUCUUCUCUAGGGCUUCUGGAGCUUAGGCAUGAGGGGCAGAGUCUCCCAACAGACCUGCCCCUCUCUGUUAAGGAUCUCUUGAUGGCGUCAUCCAGCCCGGAGUCGUUGGUGUCGUCGGUGAUUGCACAUUUUGGUCGGCUAAUUCCUGUGAUAGUACUGUGUAUUACAGUACACAGUGAGCUCAGCGGCAGGGCCGUUUGCCAGGUCGUGUGUUUUCCGAGAGAGGUGGAAUCCUCUGAUUGUGAAGGUGGAGCCGGAGGUAGGAUCGGCGUUAAGGGACGGGUGAGGUACUUUGGGGGGUUAAAUUAAGAAGGGCUCAGCUCGGGACUGAAUGAUUGAGUGCAUGCUUUUGAGUGCCUUGUGGACAAAGGUGUGUGUGGUUUUCCUCUUGUCUCCAUGGAU